AUCAACAAUUUUUUGCAUCUCUACAUCAGAGUUCUGAGUUUUCUCUGAUGCUCUCUUGCCUUCAGCUCAGCUCAAAGGUUUUCUCUAGUGGACUGAGAUGGGGAUGGAAGAAGGAUUGAUUUGUGUCUGACCUCAAACGCACCAUUCAGGGGGGUGUGGAUCCAGUAAUUCCCUGUUGACUGGAACCAGUUUGCUGAAAGGCAUGGGACCGCGGUCCGAGCGGUGACACAGCAAAGCUGAGAACAGCUUGUUUCACUUCAGAGCAACAUCAUUACUGUCAGCCCCCCCCCCCCACCCACCACCCCCUGCUGUGUGGCGGUGAGGGGCGACGCUGUACUGACUCCGGACCAGCUCAUGAAGGAGGAUGGAGAUAGAGAAGAGGACGAAUGGAUUCGACUACCCGGAGAGAAACAACGCCAAGUCGGUGAACGGUUUUUAUAGUGGCAAUCCACUGGAGACAGAACCCAAUGACAGCAUGGAUGCAAUCAAUGAAAGUAAUCUAGAUGAUGCAGCAGAUCAACGCGCUUGCCUUAUUUGUGGAGAUCGUGCCACAGGCCUGCAUUAUGGCAUCAUCUCCUGCGAAGGCUGCAAGGGCUUCUUCAAACGCAGCAUCUGUAACAAGCGGGUGUACCGCUGCAGCCGGGACAAGAACUGCGAAAUGUCCCGCAAGCAACGCAACCGCUGCCAGUAUUGCCGUCUGCUCAAGUGUCUGCAGAUGGGGAUGAACCGGAAAGCAAUCAGGGAGGAUGGCAUGCCAGGAGGGAGGAACAAAAGCAUUGGGCCUGUUCAGAUCACAGAAGAAGAGAUAGAGCGAAUUAUGACUGGGCAGGAGUUCAAGGAGGAUGCCCCGGAGCACACCUGGGGAAACAACGGUGACAGCGACCACAGCUCCCCCAGCAACGGAGCCUCAGAGGGCAACCAGCCAUCGCCCGCCUCCACUUUGUCAUCCAAUCGAUCUGUAGAGAUGAAUGGCUACACAGCAGCCCUCAGGGACCAGUACAUCAACACCUCCUUAUCCACACACUACCAACUCCUGCCUCACCUCUUCAGCUAUGCUGCUCAGUCGGGCCUGCUGACUCCCCAGCCUCGCAACCUCUACCCACAGUCCCACCCUUUGGUGCUGCAGCUUGUGGCUGCUGAGGACCUAUCCCCCCUGACCACCCCUAUGCUCAUAGAAGACGGGUACAAGGUAACACAAGUGGAGCUGUUUGCCCUGCUGUGUCGCUUGGCAGAUGAGCUGCUCUUCCGACAGAUCUCCUGGAUCAAGAAGCUCCCUUUCUUCUGUGAGCUUUCUAUAGAGGACUACACCUGCCUGCUCAGCUCCACCUGGCAGGAGCUAAUCCUGCUCUCCUGCCUCACCAUCUACAGCGCCCAGAUCUUUGGAGACCUGGCCAACGUCACUGCCAAGUACACACCAUCUGAUGAUGAGCUCCAGGGCUUCAGUGAAGAUGGGAUGGAAGUGAUGGAGAGGUUGAUAUAUCUGUUUCGCAAGUUCCACCAGUUAAAGAUCAGCAAUGAGGAGUACGCCUGUAUGAAAGCCAUCAACUUCCUUAACCAAGAUAUCAGAGGAUUGUCCAACAUCUCCCAGCUUGAGCAGCUGAACAAGCGCUACUGGUACGUGUGCCAGGACUACACCGAGUACAAGUACCCUCAUCAGCCCAAACGCUUUCCUGAGAUCAUGAUGUGUCUGCCCGAGAUCCGCUGCAUUGCAGGGAAGCUGGUGAAUGUCCCUCUGGAGCAGCUCCCGCUCCUGUUUAAAGCAGUCUUGCACUCCUGCAAAUCCAGCCUGACCAGCUACAGAACCGGCCCAUCGCCCUGCGUGACUGUGUCCUCUGGAAACUAAUCUGUCCCGACUGCGCAAGCCUAGGGACCGGUCUCCCCUCCUAUGAAUGUGACAAGCAGCUAGUUUUUUUUGUAAUAUUUUUCUUUAUAUAUUUAUUACACGACAGAGCUGAAUGUAUGCUGAUUUACACUGUGCACAUCUUCUGUACAAAACAAAUGCUCAAAGAUGCAUUGGUCUUUGGAGUUUACAAGUGUAUAUCUAGUUUGCUCAAUGUGUCAGCGUUGCCAUUGUUAGACUAGACUUUAAAAGAGCCUAUUUUAUUCAGACAGGGCAGCAAGACACGUUUGUGAUUUGUGACUACCUCAGGAAGAUGUUGUUGCUAUUUUCAGGUACCUUUUCUUGCUUUGAAAUGAAGAGAUGCCCGGUCUAAAAUCAAACCUGUGGAUGCUUUGACAUCUCAAUCAGAGACGGAAUGUUAAAAUGAGCUGCAUAAAUCAGAGUUUAAAAA